UCCACACCGUCUGUUGUUGUGGAGGAGGUGGCCCCCACUGUUGAAUUGUUGGGUUCCAAUUACCCUGCACAUCCUCUCCCGUGUUCAGGCCUUUUGGCCUUCUUUUCUUUGUACCCCGUACAUCCGACCUCCACCAUUCGCCCCUCCCUGGCCACAGCUGUCCUCCCUCCCCGUACCCGCCCCCACCCUCCCCCACCUCACCACCCCAGCCCCUCCCCUCACCACGGCCCCCAUCCCUCCCCUCACGUCACCAUGGCCACCGGCACCACCACUACUGCCCGGGAGCACUUGCUGGUGGUGCGGAGGCGCAGUCCACACAUGCGCUACACGCUGGGACCAGAAAACCUCCGCAGCCUGUCAGCACAGGGCGGCAGCAGCGGCACGGGGGCUUCCAGAGGGGGUGCUCCAGAAACGAUGGGUCUUCAGCGGGCCAACAGUGACACGGACCUGGUCACGUCAGACAGCCGCUCCUCCCUGACUGCCUCAACGUACCAGUUUACUCUAGGCCGAGGCCAGAAUCUCGUCAUCUCCUGGGACAUCAAGGAGGAAGUGGAUGCUACGGACUGGAUUGGACUGUACCACAUUGAUGAGACGUGUCCAGCUAACGUCUGGGACUCCAAGAACCGCGGGGUGAAUGGCACCCAGAGAGGCCAGAUUGUCUGGAGACUAGAGCCCGGGCCCUAUUUUAUGGAGCCUGAGACCAAAAUCUGCUUCAAAUAUUACCACGGAGUGAGCGGAGCACUGAGAGCAACGACCCCCUGCAUCACGGUCAAAAACCCUGGAGUCCUGGCUGGACCAGAAGGACAAGUUGAUGGUCAGUCUGUGACAGAGCACUGUCGAAAACUUGUCAGCUUCACUCUAUCAGAUAUCCGAGCUCAGGGGCUGAAAAAGGGUAUGUUCUUUAAUCCCGACCCUUACCUGAAGAUGAGCAUUCAGCCGGGCAAGAGAAGUGGCUUCCCCGCCUUUACUCACCACGGCCAGGAGAGGCGAGCCUCCAUCAUAUCCAACACAACCAACCCUGUGUGGCACGGAGAGAAGUACACGUUUGUCGCACUGAUGACUGAUGUUUUGGAAAUCGAGGUCAAGGACAAAUUUGCCAAAAGUCGACCAAUCAUUAAGCGCUUUUUAGGUCAGCUGGUUAUACCGGUGCAGAGGCUUCUGGAAAGGCAUGCGUCAGGGGAUCAGCCUGUAAGCUAUACACUGUGUCGCCGUUUGCCCACGGAGCACGUGAGCGGUCAGCUUCAGUUUAGGGUGGAGAUCACCUCCACCGGACAUGAAGACGCUAUGGGCUCACUACUGGGCGCCUCCUCCGUGAACGGUGACCCAGGCAGCCCGUCCGAUGACGAGGACAUCCUGCCUCCAUCCUCACGCAUACCUAGGGGUCCAUCUCCCACCGGCUCUGAGGGCUCCCUCCACAGUGAGGCCUUCAGGGCCGACGAGGGUCUGUUGGACACAGACGAGGAGCGUAUCCUGAGGGACGGCACCGCCGAUUCAGCCGAGGGUGCUGUGGGUCACACCCAGAGACAGGUCUCUCUGAAUGACUAUCUGGACGCUAUUGAAUCCCCAAAGGGCCCCGGAGACCGGCCCCUGGGUGCAGCAUCUCCGAAACUACGCUCCAGCUUUCCAACGGACACCCGGCUCAACGCCAUGCUGCACAUCGACUCGGACGAAGACGAGGAAGGACACUCUUCUCAGGAGGCACCAUUGACCAAUGGAGUUCAGGCAACAGGGGGGCAGGGGGCAUCUGAGCCAGAGCAGAAGGGGGCAGAGGGGAGUCAUGGUGGGGAGGCGGAAGCAAUGGCUUUGAGUAGUAGCACCACUAAAAGCCAGAAUGGCGGAGCAGAAGGGAACCAGGAGGGAGGAGCCAGCUCAGGACCAAUAGCUCAACCUGCCUCUGCUUCCCAGCAACCGGCGUCCACAGCUCAGGACACAGAAGGGGGUUCAUCCAAAGAGGAAGCCAGCGAGGAGGUGUUUGUAGCAACAGAAGCUGCCGUCUCUGAAGCCUCGGCAGCUAGUAGCAGUUUAGCUAGCGAAGGAGGAGCCAAGCAGUCAGAGCCCAGCAGCUCCCUGGAAGAGGCUGGCAGCUCUAGCAAAGCCAAUGGGGAGGAGGAAGGAGGGGACGUGUGGAGGAGGAGGCAGAGUUUACGGGCAUCGGGGGGCGGUUCUCAGGCAGAAGGAACGGGGUCGCCGGAAACACAAAGAGCCGCGGCUGAUCAAGCGCAAGGUGCCACGGAAACAGACGGAGAGUCAGGAGCUACCGCUCAGGUGAACGGUCAUCAGCCUGUUCGCUCUCUGCCCGCCGUACGUCACGACAUAAGCCGCUACCAGAGAGUGGACGAGCCUCUACCACCAAACUGGGAGGCUCGUAUCGACAGCCAUGGGCGCAUCUUCUACGUGGAUCAUGUCAACAGGACCACCACCUGGCAGCGGCCCACUGCCCCACCUGCACCUCAGGUCCUGCAGAGAUCUAACUCCAUCCAGCAGAUGGAGCAGCUCAACCGCCGGUACCAGAGCAUCCGGAGGACAAUAACCAAUGAGCGGACGGAUGAGCAGGCGGCAGAGAUGCCCUCUGAUGACACUGACCUGAUGCAUCACUCCAUUCCCGAGUAUCGCAGAGAUGUGGCGGUGGGUCCCGCUAACUCACGCUCUCGCCUCUCUCUGCUGCUGCAGUCGCCCAGUGCUAAGUUCCUCACCAGCCCUGACUUCUUCAGUGUGCUCCAUUCUAACCCUAGUGCCUACCGCAUGUUUACAAGCAACACGUGUCUGAAACACAUGAUCAGUAAGGUCCGGCGGGACGCGCACCACUUCGAGCGCUACCAGCACAACCGGGACCUGGUCACAUUCCUUAACCUGUUCGCCAACAAGCAGCUGGAGCUGCCCCGAGGCUGGGAGAUGAAGCAUGACCACACUGGCAAGCCGUUCUUCGUGGACCACAACUGCCGUGCUACCACCUUCAUAGACCCCCGCUUGCCCUUGCAGAGCGCCAGGCCCAGCAGCUUGCUGGCCCACCGGCAGCACCUCAGCCGACAGCGCAGCCACAGCGCCGGGGAGGUGAGCACACGACGUCUGGUGGGUGAUGAUCCUCGCCACACCGGACCCCCUGUCCUGCCCCGCCCCUCCAACACCUUCAAUGCAACCAAUCGCAAUCAGUGCCAGGACCUGGUUCCCGUUGCCUACAAUGAUAAAAUUGUGGCAUUUUUAAGACAACCAAACAUAUUUGAGAUCCUGCAGGAGAGGCAGCCGGAGUUCAGUAGGAAUCAUUCACUCAGGGAGAAGGUGCAGUUUAUUCGUAAUGAGGGAGCAGCUGGCCUGGUCCGACUCUCCGGUGAUGCAGAUUUGGUCAUUCUGCUCAGCCUGUUCGAAGAGGAAGUGAUGUCGUACGUGCCUCCUCAUGCCUUACUGCACCCUAGCUACUGCCAAUCCCCACGAGGCUCUCCCGUCUCCUCCCCUCAGAACUCCCCUGGCACACAACGAGCCAAUGCCCGCGCUCCUGCCCCAUACAAACGAGACUUCGAGGCCAAACUCCGUAAUUUCUACCGCAAGCUGGAGACGAAGGGCUAUGGACAGGGUCCAGGAAAGGUCAAACUCAUAAUCCGCAGAGACCACUUGCUGGAAGAUGCAUUCAACCAGAUCAUGUGCUACUCCAGGAAGGACUUACAACGAAGUAAACUUUAUGUUAGCUUUGUUGGUGAGGAGGGGCUGGACUACAGCGGCCCAUCGAGAGAGUUUUUCUUUCUUGUGUCGAGGGAACUCUUUAACCCCUAUUACGGCCUGUUUGAGUACUCAGCUAACGACACCUACACCGUCCAGAUCAGCCCCAUGUCCGCCUUUGUGGACAACCAUCAUGAAUGGUUUCGCUUUAGUGGGCGUAUCCUGGGUCUGGCUCUGAUCCAUCAGUACCUGCUUGACGCCUUCUUCACACGACCCUUUUACAAGGGGCUGCUGCGCAUUCCAUGUGACCUGAGUGAUCUGGAGUAUCUAGAUGAGGAGUUCCACCAGAGUCUGCAGUGGAUGAAAGACAACGACAUUGAGGACAUGCUGGACCUCACCUUCACUGUGAAUGAGGAGGUGUUCGGACAGAUCACGGAACGUGAGUUGAAGCCGGGAGGUGCUAAUAUCCCAGUUUCUGAGAAGAACAAGAAGGAGUACAUCGAGCGCAUGGUGAAGUGGCGUAUAGAGAGGGGGGUGGUCCAGCAGACAGAGAGCUUGGUGCGAGGGUUCUAUGAGGUUGUGGACGCUCGGCUGGUGUCUGUUUUCGAUGCCCGGGAGCUGGAGCUAGUGAUCGCUGGAACAGCAGAAAUUGAUCUGGGAGACUGGAGAAACAACACAGAAUAUCGAGGAGGUUAUCAUGACAACCACAUUGUCAUUCGCUGGUUCUGGGCAGCGGUGGAGAGAUUCAAUAACGAGCAAAGACUACGGCUGCUUCAGUUUGUGACAGGAACGUCUAGUAUUCCCUAUGAAGGCUUCGCCUCCCUCAGAGGCAGCAACGGACCUCGGCGUUUCUGUGUGGAAAAGUGGGGCAAGAUCACCUCUUUACCCAGGGCUCACACGUGCUUCAAUCGUCUGGACCUUCCUCCAUACCCCUCCUUCUCCAUGCUGUAUGAGAAGAUGCUGACCGCGGUAGAAGAGACCAGCACCUUUGGCCUGGAGUGAACUCCAAUCUGGACUGAUGCACUCACUCCCUCUCCAUAUGCUUCUUCAGGAGAGACUCGAAAGCCUCAAACUUGCGAGUUCAGUUCCUCUUGCUCGAUGAAAACAAAUGGUCACCAAAAGCACUUAGGAUUUCUUUUGUGCACUGUCUUACUUUGUUAAAUUCACGGGUGUGAAAGGCUUCAAAGAUCAGAAAAGGUGAACCCGUACUACGGGUAAAAGCUCCCAGCUGGUUGGGAGAAGAAGGACUUUCUGGAAAGAAGACGAGAAUAAAACGACUGGCCAGCCCAAAGCUGAGACUGGAGUGAAUGUAUGAAACGGCUUGAGAACAAACCAGCUCUUAUGCUGGACAGCUGGACAACUGACCCCAAUGACGAGCCCCAGCCAGAGCGGCUCCACUGCAAUGACCCGUUGGAUUUGAAACAAGUUCUCACGGCUGAGAAAGAAACCAUCCGAGCAUGGCAAGCUAGCAUUGUCCACUCCUUCUGCAAAAAGCCUUUCUUUCUCUGACCACCACAGCAAUGCGGUGUGAAUGUACACGCGAUACGUUGCAGAAGCAGCUUUGUAAUAAAUCGCAACUGCUAUCUUAGAUCGCCUCAAGCACGAUCACAAUCAGCUGGCGUCACGGGGCUGACCGACACUUACACCUUACUUAAUGUACUGUAAGUUCCAAAUGUAAACACUUCUCUUUAGUCAUAUUUAUACGUUGCUAUAGUUACAUGUUUAUACUUAUCGUUUCGACACCACAUUAUUCAGGUAGGCGGACGGCCUACAACACAGACUGACCAAUACACUUUUUUCACUACAUUUGAAAGGGCACCUGUAUACAUAACACUUGGAUAUGGCAUGUGUCCACUGAAUAAACCAUCUCUGAGAAUGUGGAGAAGGGGUUUAUCAAUAAGAGAAUGGUGGCUUAAUUGUAUGCAAACCAUCAUCAAUCACUUUCAAACAAGGACAGAUUUGGAAUGUUUAAUCUUUUUUUUUGGCCUUGUACGUUUUAAAGAAGAAACGAAGCGGAUUAUAAAGAUUUGAGUCCAUUCCUUUUUUAUUUUGAAGCCUAUAGGUGUUGUGUACGGGGCUCUUAUCACCGUUUGUACUGGACACAGCUUUUUUGAAUGUGCACACAAUCUUCUUUUUGUCACCUCUUUCAAAGAAUACGUCUUUCCAGGCCUGAGCCAAGAGUAGAAACCACAGUCGCUUGUACUCGCGCUCCCUGGAUUUGUACCGACACUGCCAUGACCUUGGACCUUCUGGAUUGUACGCUUCCUUCGAAUGUGUCGUAACGUCAAAAGUGGGAACACAAUCGUAAAACGUACUGGAAAGAACAAACGAAGAAUACAGACACUUGAACUCGUUCAGAUUAACGUAGUGUGCCUAGAUCGACUCCGACCAGACAGGUCCAAACCCACGCUACUCUUUCAGUUCAAUGCUGUUAUGAUUCCAUGUUUAUACUUGCACCGAAUGUACCAAAGGUUUUGGGAAGGCUUCGGCCGUCCUAAUCUUCCUCGCUUUCUUCGUGUUUGUUGGACGAGAAACAUUGAACUUCACAUUCCUUUAAUCACUCAGCCGUCCCUUCACUUCUGCAUCGUGCUAUAGUUUCAUUGUACUCAUUUUUUUUUCCAUCCGAAAGUAAAGAACUGGUGAGCGAACUGUGUUGGUUACAUUGUGGCUUUUCUGUAUUCGUUUUCUUUUCUCUGGCAGGAUACGUUUGAUUGCUUAAAUAAAUGAAGAAAUUGUAAACAAAA